AUGGCGGAGAAUUUUUGGAAGGUACCCAUCUUCUUCUUUGUGUCCUUUUGUAUUUUCCUCUUCAUCAUUCUGGUGGUGCAGGCUUUUAUGCUUUUCAAGAAGUUGAUGCCAAAGUCAAAUCGGAGAUUACGUGAUGGAGUUGUUCUUCUUCAUCAAAUGCCUCCAAACAACCGAGUUUUAAAUGUUUCUCCACCAUCUUUAAAGUUAGAAACUUAUUUGAGAAUGUGUAAUAUUCCUUAUGAGAGCGAAUACAGCUUUAAGACGUCAACCAAAGGCAAAGUUCCGUGGAUAGAAUACAAUGGUAGAUCGGUUGCGGAUUCUAAUUUCAUUGUGCGUUUUCUCAACGAAGAGUUUAAAGCUGACCCUGAUGCUCAUUUGAGCGUUGUCGAAAAAGCCAUCGCCCACACCAUGAUCGUAACACUUGAGGAAAAUACCUAUUGGUAAGCACUCUUGUUGCUUAUUUUGUCAAUAAACAUACAGUAACUGACGCACAUUAAUUUUUUUUUUUUUUGGAAAGUUCUCCUGGCCCAGAGUUGGACAGGGUUCAGGGGGUGUGUCAACCUGUGUUGGGGAUGCGGAAUGAACAUGACUUCAUGAGGCUAAUAAACCUCUUGGCUUCCUUGAAACAGAACUACCUAAAAUCAUAGAACAAUACUAUAUCUGUCCAAGAUGAAUCGAAAAAAAGGGUUCUGGAUUUGUACCUAGUCCUUAUAAGGUCACUGAAAAUUCAAAGUGGGUGGGGAGGAUCUUAAGCAUAACAGAAAGAACCUUAACUAAAUUUUCAAGAGGAGUCUGGUGCGUUCAAACCAUUAAGUCCUCUAUGGUUGGAGGAUGGAUAUUAUCUGUAUCAACACAAUGCUGUUCAGCUGUACUUUUGCUAACCUAUCUAUUAGGUGCUGGUAUUUUUAGGGCACAGGGAGAAAUUUCAAAGACCAGUGCAGGCACAAGGGGAGAAUAGGAGAGGAGGCCCCUCUGCAUGUUCCCCUUGCAUGCUUUAUAUAAACUAACCAAAAAAAUAACAGCUGCUUGCUAUGCAUGCUUUACUUUUGCCAGGUAUCUAUGGCUGGCAGAGUCUGACAUGUACCUGUCUUUAGGGGGCGCCUAAUAUAUUACUUAUACUCACUGUGAAGUUGAUUAAGACGGAAUCCACCAGAAAACUGAAUAAUUUUAAUUUUCAGUGGACAAAAACCUUGUACCAGAAUAUUUUAAGCCACACUGCAUUCCUUUUUACACUUUUCAGGAGCUGUAGAUAUAAUUAUAGUUUUAAUAACUCAAUUUCCUGAUGGAUUCCAUCUUAAUAAUAAUUCAUUGUCUCUAUAACUUCUUUUUUGUUCUCCAUUCAAUUCAAAGGACGGUGAUGUAUCAUAUCGUUGAGGUUGAUCUUGCCGAUACAAAAACAAUGUCACCUUUGCUCAGUGUGACACCUUAUCCCCUCAAAUAUGUUGCAUCUUGGCUGUUUUGUCGUGCCUUGAAAAACUACCUAUGGAGUCAUGGGAUUGGCCGACACACCAAGGAGGAGAUUUAUAGCAUUGCAGAGAAUGACCUGAGAGCUGCUUCAGAGUUGUUAGGAAAGAAAAAGUAUAUCAUGGGCACCAAACCUUGCCUGUUGGAUGCUGUGUUGUUUGGAUUAGUUUCAGUUCUCAUCUGGAAUGUUCCUACGAGCCCUCAGGCCAAUCUGAUCCGAUCAGAAUUGAAGAACUUGGAAAGGCAUUGUUACAACAUAAAAGAGGAGUAUUUUCCAGACUGGGAUCAGCUUAUUCUUAAACAUAAAAUCUCUCAAUAA